CGAAAAGCUUUGUUUCUCCCAUCACUAACCGAGGACACUGACUAAAACCUCCUAAAAUGUCCAAGAAAGUAGCUGUAGUAACAGGGGCAAACAAAGGCAUCGGUUUGGCCAUUGUGAAAGGGCUUUGUAAAGCAGGCUUUACGGGCGAUAUUCUCCUCACUGCCCGCAAUGAGAAACUGGGACAAGAGGCUGUUUCUGCACUGCAGUCCGAAGGGUGCAAACACGUUAUUUUCCAUCAACUUGAUAUCUGUGACCAGGGAAGCAGUUUAAAACUCCGCAAAUUUCUGGAGGAGACCUACGGCGGCCUGGAUGUUCUUGUCAACAACGCGGGGAUGGCUUUCAAGAAUUCAGCAACAGAGCCCUUUGGAGAACAGGCUGAGGUGACCAUGCGCACAAACUUCUGGGGAACCCUAUGGGUGUGCCAUGCUCUUCUGCCAAUCCUCCGACCCAAUGCUCGAGUGGCCAACGUGUCCAGCUUUGUUAGCAAGAGGUCUCUUGAUCAGUGCAGCCCUGAACUGCAGGCAAAAUUCAGAAAUCCAGAGAUUUCCGAGGAGGAGUUGUGUCUGUUGAUGGGGGAGUUUGUUUGUGCUGCACAGAAAGGAGAUCAUACAGCUCAGGGCUGGCCAAACACUGCCUAUGGUACAACCAAGCUUGGUGUGACUGUGCUCUCAAGGAUCCAGGCCCGAGUUCUUACUGAGACAAGGCCAGGAGACGGUAUCCUCCUGAAUGCCUGCUGUCCGGGAUGGGUGCAGACAGACAUGGCUGGACCAAACGCUACCAAGACCCCAGAGGAGGGAGCAGAGACUCCUGUCUAUCUGGCCAUGCUGCCCGCUGGGGCCAAGGAGCCACAUGGACAGUUAGUGUGGGACAAAACUGUACAGAAAUGGUAACAUGAAGAACCAAAUUAUCGGUUAAUUCCUUCUGAAAACAUCAUGACUCCAUUUAUUGUUGUAUAAGUAUUUGAUUUAUAAGAACACUGAAUAAAACUCUGUAACCUCUGCCAUACUCAUAUCUCUUUAUCAAUAAUUAUGCAGUUUAUUAUAUGGAAAUGUAGGUCUUGAAUGAGUAUGGACUUGUUUAAGCCCCCAUUAUCUCACUUGAAGCUAAUAAAAAGAUAAUGGCUUGUAAUCUUUGGUCUGUUGCCUUUAAAGAACUGAAGAGAACUAAACCUGAUUUACAAAUUUUUUCUAGAUGUAAAAGCUUUGCAGAUGUCUUUAUGCAAUAUUAUUUUGUGCAUGCUUUAAUUAGCAUAAACUUUGAAAGGAGUACACUAAAUGAUUUAAGUUGAACUGUGUUCACAUUCUGUUUCAUCAUAUGUUGAUCAUCUGAAUAUGACACCUAAAUUAUUAAUAAUAAACUGAAGCUUAUUUGACUUUGGA